AUGACUGAGUCAAACAUAUCGCAGCGAGCCGGCCAGGCCGCCGAAUCAGCAAAACAAGUCCCGUGGGAUGUUAUGUCCGAUACAUGGUCUCCCACCACAAACCCCAACGGCUAUGUCAACGUCGGCGUCGCGGAGAACAUGCUGAUGCAUGAUACACUGCUGGAGUAUAUCAACACAAAACUUAGUCUGCCGGCUAAAUACCUCACUUACAACGAUGGCGCGACGGGGUCAGAUCGGCUCCGACGGGCUAUCGCGGGUUUCCUGAAUAAGCAUUUUCAACCGGCCCAUCCUGUGGUUAGCGAUCAUCUAGCUGUGACGAAUGGUGUUUCCUCGGCUAUUGAGCAUGUCUCAUGGGCAUUUGCGGAUCCGGGCGAGGGAAUUCUCCUGGGAAGACCGUACUACGGUACAUUUAUCCCUGACAUGUCGCUCCGGCCAAGUACGGCUGUUAUACCCGUUGAGUUUCAAGACUGCGACCCCUUCAGCCUCGAAGCUGUGGAUCGAUACGAGCAAGCAUUGCUCAACUUCCAGAAUAAGUCCGGUCGACGAGUUCGCGCGCUGAUGCUCUGUCAUCCGCAUAACCCGCUCGGACGCUGCUACCCCCGCGAGACAUUGAUUAAGCUGAUGCGGCUAUGUCAAAAGUAUCAGAUGCAUUUUGUCAGCGAUGAGAUCUAUGCGCUUUCCAUGUGGGAAAAUACAGUCGACGAGUUGAAGAUUCCUCCCGUGCGGUUCGAGUCUGCUCUUUCGAUUGACGCUACCGGCAUCAUCAACCCGGGCCUUGUGCAUGUGUUGUGGGGCAUGAGCAAGGACUUUGGAGCGAAUGGCUUGCGAUUGGGCGUGAUUAUCUCACAGAACAAUGCGGACCUUCACAUGGCACUAAAGGGUGUAACGUUGUACAGCUAUUCCUCCUCUGUCUCGGACCACCUUGCUUCCAUUAUCUUAGAAGACCAUGACUUCACUGGCCGCUACAUCCAGCAAAAUCGACAGAAACUCUCCGAAUCAUACGCAUUCGCUGUCCAACUACUCAAAAGCAAUGGCAUCGAGCACGCUGCCGGUGGAAACGCCGCUUUCUUCCUCUGGAUUAAUCUGGGCCGGAAAUAUCGCGAUGUACACCCGGAUGAUCCUGAAGACUCCGAUGUUAGUGAUAAAGUAAUGAAAGCUCUUAUGAAGAAGAAGGUGUUUGUGUCGAGUGGGGCGUUGUUUGGGUCGGAGCAUAGCGGGUGGUUCCGGCUUGUGUUCUCGCAGCCAAGGGAAUAUAUCGAGGAGGCUUUGCGGAGGAUUAUGUUGGCUAUGGAAUGA